AUGGCGCUUCAUCUCUCCUCGAUGCAAUUUCCAGUGUCAUCAUCGUCGCCCUCAACCAGACUUGGAAAAAUUACAUCUCAGCUAAAAACUUCCGCACAAAUCAGAGCAAGGGCAGCAGUAAUUAGCCACUCUGUCUUCCAUCGCCGAACUAUAUCCACCAACGCCAUUGAACAGGGGCGUCAAGAUGGCCCCUCGGAUGAACCAGAAACGGUCGAGAGUCCGCCCGCUGAACCGAGCACUGCUGAGCUGUCGGAGCUGGGAUCAGAAAUCAAGAAGACGAUGAAGGAGAGAGGAGAGACAGGGAAAGAGGCAGAUUUGUGGAGCGGAGUGGUGGAGGAGAUAAGAGAGAUAGAGUGGCCGGCGUUCGGAAAGGUAUUGGGGACUACGUGGGUGGUGCUGGGCGUCAUAGCCGGAUCCAGCGUUGCGUUGCUUACCGUAAAUGCUGUUUUGACUGAACUGUCGGAUAGAGUUUUCGCUGGAAAGGGUGUUCAGGAUUUUUUUGGAUAA